AUGAGAAGAAAUAGAGUGCUUUAUCCAACAUUCUCAUUUACUUCCCCUAUAUUUUUGUUCUCAGUUAUUAGGACUAUUUCUAAGAGAUACCUACCAGACGAUUGGAUCCAUUCUAGUAUUUCAACUGAAAAUGGAACUAUAAUUAAUCCUGCAUCCCAGUGGAGUAUCAAGCAACCUGAGAAGAGUUUAUUAGAAUAUAUUUCAGAACAAGAAAUUGAAUCUGAUAUAUUAAAUAUCGCAGAUAUACAAGUGCUACCACAAGGUCUUACAGAUUUGAAAGAAUGGCACGGUAUUGACCCUGCCAUUGAAUAUUUUACUGAAUUAAAUACAGGAGUAUAUGUCUUUGUGGUUGUAUUAUGUUUGAUAGCUAGUCUAGUUAGUGGUGUUUAUCAGAAGGUAGAAGAAGAGGAACAAGGAUUGAUUGAGACUGAUUCAGAAAAUGGAGAAAACAAUUCGAACUCUAUGAAUGAACAUAUUGAAAACAAUACAGAUACUGAAGCUACUGUUUUACAAGUAGAAUUUGAAUCAUCUGAAAAAAUUCAUGAUGAGCAAGAAAAAGAGAUGAAUGAAAUAAAAAUGAAUUGUAAGGAAGAAGAAGAAAGAUCUGAUUGUAAAACUAUUAAUGAUGAAGAUUACCUUCUUAAAGAAAGCAUCAUAGAUAAUCAAAUAAAAAAUUUAGACGAAAUUAUGCAUUAUAAUAAAAAAUGUGAUAUAUCUGAAGAGGAACUGAAUGUUCCAAUUAGAGAACUAAAUAUUGGUGAAAAUUCAAAUUCUUCAAUUUUUUCCCCUACAGAAACAUCUACCAACAUAUAUACCUCAAUAAAUGAACGCAACAUUGAAAAUUUAGUACAUGAAGAUAAAAGCCAAAUUAAUCUAGAAAAUAUGAAAGAUGAAUAUGAUAGUACGAAUAAAGAAGCCAAGAUUGUAAGUAAUUCUGAGUUAAGUAAUGUUGAAAAUUCACAAGAUUUACCAAUUUCAAGUGAUACCACUGAAAUAGAUGAAGAUGAAUCAAUAAAAAAGAAUUUAGAAACAAGUAACAGUAUAAUAGAUCAUACGGCUGAAACUAACGCUGAAAACGGUAUUAAAAAUUCACACACGCAGGAUCUAAAAGCAAUGGAGGUGAACAAUCAAGGAAUAAUUCUUGAAAAUAACCAAGUUUCUACAGUUCAGGAUAAUAUGAUUGUCUCGGAUAAAGCAAAUAGCCCCAAAUCCUUGUCUCCAAGUAUAUCUAUGCAUUCUGGUUCUCCAUCAAUAGCAAGCUCCUUAAAAAUUAACGAGCGUAGAUCAUCAUCUUAUUCAAUUAAUCCAAUUCAGCUCCAAGUUACCCCUACAGUACUAUCCAAUCCAAGCAAAGUGAUCAAUGAUGAUACUGUUUAUUCUCAACCCUUCACAUAUGAUACCUUUUCCCCACAAAAACUAACUUCCUACAAGAAGAGUAGAAAAGUUUAG